AUGGCGCACACAAUCGUACGAUCGAGACCUAGUGUCGCCAGUAUCUUGACUUCUUCGCGUGGCCUGCUUCCCUCCCUCUCGAUACCCACGACGUUGCUGCUGGCCGCGACUCUCCCCAUGGCUUCCGGACACGACCACGAUUCUACCAAUAUCCCCGAGGGUGAAACCAUCUCGAUAGAUCCAAUUGAUACGACAUUAUGGAUUCACAUUCUCAUCCAAACCUCUGCCUGGGGAAUCAUCUUCCCUAUAGGCAUGGUUCUCGGUAUUGCCAAGAACCGAUGGCAUGUCCCCGUUCAAGCUCUCGGAACUAUCCUCUCGCUGUUGGGCUAUGCGCUCGGCCACAUGCAUGGCGGUCGUGAAUUCCUCCACUCCAACGUCCACUCCAAGUUCGCCACCCCGCUCAUGUUCCUGCUCUUCGCCCAGGUCAUCAUGGGAAUCUACUUGAAGCUACAUCUGGAGAAGGGCAUCAAUGGCAAGAUUAGACGCUUCGUGAAGCUGGGACACGGCAUUGUUGGCAAGGCCAUGCCAGUCCUUGCCUGGACCCAGAUGAUCUUCGGCGGCAUUACUGCCCUCGGCUUUUGCCAGGGCGAGCAUGUCGGUCAAUGUGCUGCUCAUUUCAUCAUGGGUGGUGCCUUUAUCGCUUACGGUAUCAUCCUAACCAUCGUCCUACUCGUCGGUCAGAUCUGGAUGCGCCGCACCGGCCGCUCCCAGGAGUUCUUCGACAGCGCCGUCAUUGCCGCCUGGGGAUGCGUCAACACAUUCACCGAGCACCGCUGGGGGACCGCCUGGGUCAAGAAUGACUGGCAGCACACGACCAUGGGCGUAAUCUGGUGGGCCGCUGGUCUUGCUGGUGUCUGGUUGAGCAAAGAUCGUGACGGCCGGCCUCAGCGCAACUUCAUCCCCGGCUUCGUCAUCCUUAUCACUGGCUGGGGUAUGAGCUCUCACCCUCAGGAACUCAUGACUAGUGCCAUGACACACAAGAUGUUCGGUUACACCCUCAUGGCAACUGGUCUUACUCGUAUUAUCGAGGUUUCCUUCGUCUUGCGCGACCGCCAGGGGAUAGCUGAGAAUGGUCGUGAGACCAAUAGCUUUCAAUAUGUUCCCGUCUUCCUUCUCUAUGCCUCGGGUUUCCUCUUCAUGGGUGCUACGGAGGAGCAGAUGGCCCUUGUUGCCGGCUCCAGCAUGGAUGCAGUGUCCUACAUCCUGAUCUUAUACUCGCUCGCCUUCCUGGUUUUCCUAUUCACCAUGAUACUUGUACAUCUCUACGACCGUAACGCCAAUGUCGACGAACUAGCAAAACCCGAAGCCAACGGUCGUCUGGGCCCGCGUCUCAACGGUCACGUCCCCGUGCGGGAUGCUCAGGAAUUCGAGCUUGAGGGCUUGAUGAGUGAUGACGAGGACGACGCAAGGCGAGAUCGCGCUCACGCUCAAAUGCACGGACUUGAUGAUGACGACUUAGAGAGCCCAAGCACGUUGGGCAAGAACGAAGAGCGUGUUGCCCGCUGA